AUGGCGGAGAGUUCUGUCCGGAGAUUGUCUCGGAAGAUUGCAGCGGAAGGGCAGGAGCCAGGCGACACCCCCAGCUUUCUAAGAAAGACAGUGGCGGUGGCGGUGAAAGGCAAUGAGGCGCGGCAGAAGUGGAAGCAGCUGGAGAACCGCUGUCGAGAGUCCGACGACGAAAGCCCGUCCAAAAGGUCCACCAGGCACCUGGGCACCAUGAGCAGCCCUGCGUUGGAGGCCAUUGCGGCGAAGGAGGCUUUGGAGCGAGUCCCUCUAUACAGCGCUUGCUCGCAAAAGUGCCUGGAGGCUCUGGCCGCUGUGAUCCGCACGCGGCUGGUGGGGCUUGGAGCGCCUGUGCAGUUGGAGGGAGACACCGGGGACUGCAUGCACAUCUUGGUGCGGGGCGAGGUUGAGGUGCUGAAGGGGGAUGAGGUCCAGGAGACCCACGAGGACUCCGGGGUCUUCGGCGAGAUGGCCUCCAUCUCCAAAAACCCCUCCUUGGCUCUGCGCUGUGCGACGGUGCGCACGAAGUCGCUCUGCGACUUCAAGGUCCUUCACCGCGAGGAUGUCACGCAGGCCCUCAGCCACUUCAAGGAAGACGCGGUGCUUCUGGAGAGGCGCGUGGAGGAGCGAGUGCGAGAGCUGCGUGAGAAGGGGGAGAUGCCUGCCAAGAAGGAGUGGUGGCGUCUAGAAGUGCGCCGGUCCACCCAGGGCUCAGCUUGCUCGGUGCCGACGGAAGGCUUCCGCACGGCGGUGGGCCAAGCCAUCGCAGGUCUGCGGAUGAGGCGCUUUUCCACUGCGGGGCCUGGAGCGGCUGGCCCGUGCGGCCACUCUGCGACUCUACCCCUGCGGCGGCGGAUGAGCGACGGCGCGGCGCUGAUGCCCAGCAUGAUCAGGAAUCGCCUCACUUCCAGCCUGACGAGCCAGGCAAGUGCGGCAAGCGCGGCAUGCGCUGCAAUCGCAAGCGCGGCGCAGCCCAAAAUUGAGAGCGGUGAGCCGGAGCCAAAUUCCAGCUCCGGCGAGGAGGAGGAAGUUCAACAGGCUCAAUCCCUCCGAGUGCCGGAUUCGGAGCCGAACUCUGGCAGCGCGAGUCUCUCCAGCGACUCGCCGCGUACUGCCUCGACGUCCAAAGAGCCCGUUGAUGAGAGCCCAGCCGUUGGCUGCACCAUCAAGUUCCAAGACUUCCCGGAUGUCACGUCCCCGGAGCCUGUUGAGGCCUCAAAAAUGACGGGACCUUCGCUGCCAGAACUCGAGCGGACCCUCUCGACGUUGAAGUCCUCGAGCGGAGCCUUCCGCGAGGAGCCAGACGCAUCGCUGCGUGCCAGGCUUCUGCGCAGGCGGGAUGUGGCGCUGCAUCCCUUUAACCAAGGAGGCCCGACCGGGGGCUUCUUGGCCGGUGCCUCCCGGCAGGGCAUGCGCCGGGCGCAGGCGGCGGCGCUGCGGGUCUGCCGCAAGGCACCGAUCACUGCCGUGGCUGCACGCCACCAGGAGGUUACCUCGAAGCUGCCCGCUGGUCGCUUGACCAAGCCCACAGUCGCCUCAAAAGUGUCUGCCUGGCGAAACCCGCAGCUGAAGCUGAAGUUGCCCAAGGUGUUCAUAGAGCAGUCGCCGGCGGAGUCGGUGGCGCUUGAGCGGCGGACUUUGUGGCAGGAGUUUCAGGCGAGGUCCGCGAUAGUUUGCGACAAAGAGGUCUUGCAGUCCAUAGGCAUCGAGAUGGAGGGGCAGAGGCAGACUCUGAUCGAUUUGUACAGCCACCUCAACCCGACCAACAAGGCUUGCGGUUGGGAGGAGGAGAAGUACCCCCGGCCCACGGUGGGGAAGACCCACAGGGAUUGGCUGAACUACUCCGCGGGGCGCCCAACGAGAAACGCCGACUGCAAUCGAAAGAUCAGUGCGGGAGUCAGGUGCUCCAAAGAGGGCGACAUUUGGCAUCUCUUCGGGGAGCCUCCUCACACGAGCACGGGUCCCGGCGAACAGUACGAGAAAACACCUUCAGGCCAUGCGGAGAUCCGAGUGUGGGGCCAAGACGCUUGGGACGGCAUCACCGGCAUGUCCUCGGGAAGCAAAGUCUUUCAGGCGGAGGACCAUGAGACGGAGCCGGCUCCUACGCUGCUGUCCCCCAGGCCAAAGCAGGCGGUGAAUCUCCGUGCCUCCGACAGUCAAAAAGACCACCGAUCGCUGCUCCAGGUCGCUGAGCGACAAGUGGAGGGCGGAAUCGACGAGUGGCUGGAGAAAUGGUGCACGGACCAGGUGUUGGAGUCUUUCCAGCACGCAUCUUCCAAGGAGUCUGGCAUGAACUCUUUGGCCACGGCAUUGAACUGGCGCAAGAAGUACAGAGCAGUGCUGACCGGUGCCAAGACGCCUUGCUGGCAGGGUGACAUGAGGGUCGUGGCGCGUGCCGACUCUGGACAUCCCGUGAUCUUUAUGUCCAUGCUUCACCAGCCGUCGUCGGCGAGCAGUGCCAGCACAGUGGAACACAUGGCGGCCGUUUUGGAAGCAGCCUGUGAAGCUGCGAUGGGAGGCGCCUGGGGCUUCGUUGUCGUUUGUGACUGCCGGGGCUUUCAGCUCUCGAAGAACUUGGAUCCCCGUCCAGCCAUAGCGGCAAUGGAGAUGCUGAAGCACGCCUACCGCGGCCGGCUGCGGCGCGCCUACAUGGUGGGCGCGCCUUCGGGCUUCGGGGGCUUGUGGCGCAUGGUGAAGGGGUUGCUGCCGAAGCCCACCCAGGAGAAGAUCCAGUUCGUUUCUUACAAAGAGGCGCUUCCCGAGAUGACGAGCUUGGGCGCCGCGAAAAUGACCCUCGCGGCGCUUCUGACGCACCAGGACAGCACCUCGUGGAGAUUUCCAAGUGAACUGGAUGGCUGA